AGGUGAACCAGGUUGCGGAGAGGGGAGUCACUACCAUCUUUAUCUGCUUAGUUAUUGGACUGUCCCUUGGUGAGAACACACGGGAAGAAAGGGGCAACUGAGUUCUAGACAAUGCAACCACAGGAAUCUGUGACCUUCAAGGACAUAGAUAUAGACUUCACCGAGGAGGAGUGGGCCCUGCUGGACACGUCCCAGCAGAAGCUGUACAGGGAUGUGAUGCUGGAGAACAUCAGUCACCUGGUCUUUGUGGGUGAGCCUGUCAACAUUGAGAAACUUACUCAGAUAUUAACUUGGCCAAUCAGAUGUGAUUUCCCAGUUGCAGCAGGAGUGGAGCAGUGGAGGGAAGGGAGCGGAUCUCCACAGGCCUGAUUCCA